AUGAGAGUUUUACUGAUCUGGUCAAACCCUCAGGCUAUCAAGCGCGAAGACAAUGCGAAUAAAGUACCUGACGAGCGACCAUCCGUUGAAGUCGCAGCGACUUCCUUGCCACUAGCAUCCGGGCCGCCAUCCGACGAACCGCCGCCGCUUAUAUCACGCGGCUCUACCAUUCAAAGUGGCCAAGACGAAGAGGCCGUAGUUUACUCCCAAACCCGAAUGUUGCAAGAUCCAACGGGCCGAUUGCUCUAUGUCGGGGAUUCGGCAACACUUUCGUUCCUGCAGCUUCUCCGGAUGAUGGUUGAGAAUGCUGCUGGACAGUCACCCUUCACCAAUGACCCUCGGCGCCAUAAGAUCGUUGAAGGUCAAUUCUCGCUCCCCGCCGGCUUCCGACACACGCAUCUUCUACCUGAUCACAGAACCGCCCGUGUGCUCGUCGACGCUUUCUUUAUCAACACACAUGGGCUGCUGCAGAUCUUCGAGCGCCCAAUGUUCUUGGAGAGGCUCGAAAGCUGUUAUUCCGAUCCGUUGUCUACCGAUCCCUCCUGGCUGUGCAUCCUCAACUUGGUCUUCGCCAUUGGCUUGACCAUGGCCACUCCGCUUUCCGGGAGCUCUGAGGCGCUUAUUGUUGACAAGUUAAGGAGCGAGCAUCUGGACCGAGCCGAAGUCUUCUACCUCAAUGCUAAAAGCUUGAACGACCCAAUGACUGGAUUCGAAGACCAAGACUUUUGGUCGGUCCAAGCCUUGCUCUUGAUGUCUGUGUACAUGCUCGCCAAGUCAAAACGAAACACUGCCUUCGCCCUUUUAGGAAUGGCGGCCAGAUCAGCGCAAGCACUUGGUCUACACCGCGAGGAGACCUUGGUCAUCUUUGGGCCUGAGGAGCAAAAAGCACGGAAGAAUCUUUGGCGUUCACUUUUUGUCAUUGAUCGCCUUCUUGCUUGCUUAUUGGGUCGCCCGGCGGCAAUAUCGGAGAGCGAUUGCUCAGGCGACAGCCUACGGCCUGCCGAAGCAGCCCCCGACGUGUCAAGUCUAACAGCCAACUUUAACGAAACCGGAGCAUUUUCCCUUGAAGCUGCUGUACGAAGCUGCUCUGCCAUUGGCUUGAUCUUGAAUAAGGUCUAUCAGCAACGCAAAAUUAGUACGCGGCUGGCUCAGGAGAUUGCCGAUAUAUGCAAGACCUGGCCGCGAGCCUUACCAGCUGUUCUGCAUUGGCGACAAGCGUCCACUGCCACUGCCAGUCAAGGUGUAGCCAUUCUGCAUGUCAAUCUUUUCUACUGCCACUCUAUAAUCUUGCUAACCCGUCCCUUUUUCCUAUACAUUCUCAACAUGGAGACUCAGCGACAAGUCACUCAAGCUUCGACUGGUGACCGAGCACCACGACCCUACCUUCGUAUGGAAAAGUUCAGCGAAGCAUGCGUCAUCGCCUCGACGCAUACCCUCCUCCUGGUACAAAAUGCCUUCGAUGCUGGAUAUCUUUCGCGACGAAACCCCGCUGUGAUAUACUUCCUCUUUGCCGCUGCACUUGUGGUCCUCGCGAACGAGUUCGCCGGCCUAUAUCGUGUAGAAUCUCCUGAUGCCUGCAUUGCAAACUCAAUCACCAUCAUGAGUUACUGCGCAGAAAGCGACCAACAAGCCAGCCGCUUGGUGUAUAUCUUGAGCUCUUUCCGGGAUGUCGUCGCCCAGCAGCGGGUACGCAAAAAGCAAACCCAGAGCGACGAUAUGCAUCUGCCAAGCAUCUCGUCGCAGUUGUAUGGGGUGUCUGUGCCCAAUCAGCAGACGCCCACUCCAGGUCAGAGUGAGGAUGCGCCGAGACUCCAUCAGGUCCCGAUCCACAUUUAUCCUGGAAUGCAGACCCUCCCACAUAGCGAUCCGUCAGGGGGUUUGCAGUCGCGUCAGCAGCAGCCUGGUGCGCCUGAUUUGUCGGUACAUCUCACGCCAAUCCAAGACUACCAAGCAGCCGGAGCCGGCCGAGACCUGUACACGUUAGACGGCCAAUCAAAGCCACCGAGCCUCUCAAACGUUUUCGACCUCUCCGGCCUCGAUGCUACUCGUGUUCCAAGCCUCUAUUCGGAAGAGAGCGGUGCGGAUGAACAAAUCGACUUCGACGCGCUCUGGGCAUGGCAGAGCAACACUCCCGCCGUGGGAUCGCCAAGAAACACAGGUGACGCUGCUGUAAACGGGGCGCUGCCAACGCAGGGAAUAGGCGACAACUCAGUUCCGUUGUUUGGAGUGACUUCGCAUGACGGAGAUUGA